ACCUUUCUUUACCUUGAGUUCCAAAGAGAGAGAAGAGAGAGAGAGAGAGAGAGAGAGAGAGAGAGUAAAUUCUUCGUGAGCAACCCUUUUCUCCCAUGUAACUUUUGUCUCUCUCCUCGCUCUGUUAAUAUCCACCUUUCGUCCAUUUACGCCAUUACUCUCCCUCCUAAAAUUGGUCCUAAUCAACUCCACAACCAUCUACCACUUUCGAAGCCCUAAACACAGAGAGACUCCUUCCGAGUUCCGAUUAGGGUUCUGUUCUGUUCAUCAAAGUCGCACACCGCCAAAACCCAAAGCAAAGAAGUUGUGCCUUGGACGCGUGAUUGAUCAGAUGCUGUUCGCCUUGAGUUUGGAUCUAUAAUUCUCUCGAAUUUCGACCUCCUUUUGGGUGUUGUGAGAGGAAACUGUAAAGAUGUCGAGGCCGAUGUUGCUUGUUUUUCUGUUGAUUAUACUCAUAAUUACCUCCCAAUUUGAGUGGAAGCAACCGCUUGUGAGUGAUAUUGAGGCGAGUCCUAGUGUUUCUCAGAAGCAACAACAAAUUUCCAGUAGGGAAGAAGCUGUUAAAGAGAAGAUCAUCUUAUCACAAGAAAAGAACAUUCAGAGACUCACCGAGCUUGUCCGGAGUCUUCGGGAACAAUUGCUUCAAUGCCGGAGCAAUAACGAGACAGCAAAAGGCAGUGUAAGCGCUUUGACCGAACAUAUUAUCGAGCUUGAACGGCAACAGAUUCUGGAGGACUAGAAGGGACUGCAAAAAUUCCCUUACCAUUCUUUAUGGUAUGUUCCCAGUAGUAUAUGACUAUUGGUUUCUCUGCCUUUGUUUGUAUUUGCAGCUUAUACGUUCAAGUUUCAAGAUUUCCUGUUAAUUGUAACUACUCACGGUAUCAAAAGACCAGUACUCCCUGUCAGUGGCCAUGUAUGUAUGAUUCACAGUUUCCAGUGGAAGUCCUACCAAAUUGCCUCAA